CUAAUUUCUCGUGCAAAAAACACCAAAUUUUAGUUUACACACGUGUCAAAUAUUCACUCAGGUUUAACGAGCUGUGAUUUAGUGUUGUUUGCGUCAACAAACUCUUAAUUAAUUUAAGUGAUCGGUUUGUUAUGUCGAAUUAAGCGAAAAAAUGAACGCCAGAUCUCAGAUGUUCGAUUUGGCGGUGGAGGGCCACCAAGCCGACGAAGCCGUUGCUAGUAUUUUCCACACAGUGUUGUUUCAUCGAACGCAUGGAAAGUUCCUCUACAGCACGGAAGGGAGCUAUUCCAUCGGAACGAUCGGCUACACCGAUGUAGAUUGCGACUUUAUCGACCUGACUUACGUGUGUUGUUCGUCGAAACGGCUCGAUGAGACGCUCAAACGUGAGAUAAGUUUAUUUAGCGAACAAUUGCGGGGCAACGAAGGCACUGGCAUGGGUCAGAUUAGUUUGGAGUUCUUCCAAAAGAAGCCACGAAGCCGGUGGUUGUUCCAACCGGAGAGCAUCCCCUGGGAGGUGUGGACGGUGCGUCUGGAGCUCAUCACGUUGGCCAGUGAGGGCGAGAGACAAGUUUACAGGGAGCAAAUGGGGGAAUUACUCGCCGACAAAAUUUUCUCGAUAGCUGAAAUUAUGAAUCGGCACGAUUAUUUGCCGAAAAUGCCGAGUCAGUCCGAGUUGGAUUUGAUCUUCGAUACGUCGUAUCCCGAUUGUCAGCCCUACUUGUUUAAGGUGAAUUAUUCAAUUUCGGGUCCUUCGUCAGGCUCUUCGGUCGGCUCGACCGUUAAGAAGUUAAUCAAAGAGACUCUAGCACUUUAAAACAAUUUUUUCUAGUAGAAUUUGUCAAUUAGGACCGCUUCAGCGAUUUUUCUUUUUUCAUGACGUUGUUUGAGAUUUUUUCGCUAGGGUAGUAGUUUUUAGGAUUAUUUAUUUUUAGUUUGAGGGUGCAGCUGUUUUCGACGUGAUUUUUCUAGUUUAGUUUGUCUACGGAGGACUAUGGGUUAGGAGACGGAACGGGAUUCAAAAUCUGGACCCAAAAAUCGUUUUAAUUGAUUUAAAUUCAACCAAGUCACAAAGUACUUGCGGAACAAUGCAGAAAUGUUGAGUUUGGCAUUUUUAACAAAAAACUGCCGACUAAAAUUUAUUUCUUUCAAAACGCUGCGAAUACGGUUAAAGAUACAAGAAAAAUUUUAGGAAGAAAGUUGUAGAGAACUAAAUUUUCUUUAAAAAAGUUCGCGAGACCAUAUCCUUAUCUUCAACGGUUUAGGCCCCAAAGACGCUCAAACAACGAAUUUGUUUUAUUUUACCGGUGGUUAAGUAACGGAACGCUAAUUUCUACCUAAACCGUUGAAGAUAUAAAUAUGGUGUCGCGAACUUUUUUGUAGAAAAUUUAAUUCUCUACAACUUUGCUCCUUACACUUUUGUUGUAUCUUCAACCGUAUUCCCAGCGUUUUGGUAAAUUUGCGACGGUGCGCAAAAAUUUGCGUUUCACCUUAUAUUUUUGCGAACGCUGUGAAUACGGUUGAAGAUACAAAAAAAGAGUAAGGAACAAAAUUGUAGAGAAUUAAAUUUUCUACAAAAAAGUCCGCGACACUAUUUUUCUAUCUUCAACGGUUUAGGUAUAAAUUACUUUCCAAACUUGACCACCGGCAAAAUGACGCAAAUCCGUCGCUUGGGCGUCUUUGAACGACUUUGGGGCCUAAAUGGUUGAAGAUAGGAUGGACUUUUUUGUAGUAAAUUUAAUUCUCUACAACUUCGUUUCUUCCACUUUUUUUGUAUCUUCAACCAUAUUCUCAGCGUUUUGACAUUAAGAGAACGCUCGAGACGGGGACGUUUUUGCACGUCGUUUCGCCUCCUAGCCCUUAGACAUCCGUAGUUUUGUCUUAAAUUAAGUUACUAAUCGCAUAGUUGCGGCGCAACGAAUCAUUUUAACCGUAAUCUCAGUGUGAUCUGACUGUGGGUUUGUUUUUUCACCUGGUCGAAGUGCGUUUGUUUGGGGGCGAAGUUGCGAAGGCUAGUGAAGGAUUUCGCUUCGAUUCGGGUGGAAAUGCGGGCCGAUGUUGCCGAACCAAAUAAGUGAUGGGAGAAAUAAAUUUAUGAAUUUUUAGGUACGGCACUGUUAAGUAUCCAGGCCCGUUGUGGCACUUAAAAAACGGCACACGUCUUCGAUGUAUAUUCCUCAAGUUCAUGUAAAUAAUUGUGAAUAAUAGUUUUAGGUUUAGAAUGAAUGUUGUGAUUUUGAGUCGUUCAUUAAUAAAGACUUUAUUUAUUUUA